CUGGCUCCGCUCUGUGAUGUGAAAUGCUCUUCACUUUUUUAGCCAGUUCGCCGUCGCGAUUGCAUAUGUAUUUAUUAUAAUGGUUGUGGAACUUAAAUAUGUAGUUCUGUGUAAUCCCAGUAUAGUCGUGAAAAUUUAAAGAUAUCUACCCUUUACCCAUCCACAGUGUAGUGAUACUUUUACGAAUUUUACAGUGGCAAACGCAUCAAAAUUGCUAGUGAAUUCUACACUUUCCAUCCGGAUUGAAGAUGAAGAAACAGAGAGAAGACAUACAAGUUAAUGUUGCUGGUCUUAGGCGAAACUUAAAGAAUCUUGCUCACAAUUAUUCUGAUGCUCAGAUCAAAGUGCGCGAAGCAACAAGCAAUGAUCCGUGGGGACCAGACAGCAAAUUAUGUUCGGAAAUUGCUGACCUGACAUACAAUGUAGUUGCAUUCACAGAAAUAAUGGCCAUGGUGUGGAAAAGAUUGAACGACCAUGGGAAAAACUGGCGACAUGUUUAUAAAGCACUUGUCCUCUUAGAUUAUCUCAUCAAAACAGGCACUGAAAAAGUUGCUCAACAGUGUAAAGAAAAUAUUUAUGCCAUUCAAACGUUAAGGGACUUCCAGUAUAUGGAAGAAAACAACAAAGAUAGAGGACAAAGUGUUCGUGAAAAAGCAAAACAUCUUGUUAUCCUUUUACAAGAUGAAGAGAAGCUGAAGAGUGAAAGAAUGCGUGCUAUGAAAGCAAAGGAACGACUUGCCCAAAAUGCAACAGGUUUUGGAAGCGAUGGAAGUUCUGAUGCUGUCUCGCCUUCCAGUCCCAGAGUUUUAUCGGUACAUGCCUGGAAUACUUGUGAAGCGGAGUCUCCUAAGAAUGACCUGGAAUGCGCCCGACCUCAGACAGUGGGUGAAGAAGAGCUGCAAUUGCAGUUGGCAAUCGCAAUGUCGCGAGAAGAGGCGGAGCAAGAGGAGCAAAAAAAGCGUAGUGAUGAUGUUAGGUUACAGUUAGCGCUUUCACAGAGUGAAAAUGAAUUCAAACAAAUCCAGAAACCAAGUCAAUCAAGUCACAUGCUUGAUCUAUUAGAUGUUGCAAUAGAUUCUGUAAAUAAUGCUAAUGCUUCGAAUGUUGAUCCAUGGGGAAUGACAAAACCAACAGCAUCUCUAGGAAACCUUCCAAAGUCCCAGAAUGAUUCUUGGAGCUCACCUGGCGCAGGAGCUCCUGCACAAGAUCCAUGGGCUCCUGUCUCUGCACAGUCUGUCCAAAAACCUGAUCCAUGGAGUCCAACACUUCCACAAUCAGCAAGUCGUCCGGUAGCAGCUUCUGACCCCUGGGCUGCUCCGUCUCUUUCCUCCCUUAGUCCUACAGAUAAUGACAGUACAAUCGAUGAAUUUGCUGCAAUUAGUAAAAGAAACGUCCACAACAAUUGUAACAAUAUCAAUAACAGUAGUAAUAGUAAUAGCAACGGUAACAACAACAACAAUCUUAUCCAGUCAGACCCAUUUGAUUUAAAUGGCUUGUCCGAUGACCUCCUUUCAGUCUCACCUAAUCAGCAACAGCCAGCAAGAAAAACGCCCCACAGUUUCCUCGGAGAAAAUUCAGCUUUGGUAAAUUUAGAUAAUUUAGUGUCACCGGCACCUCCACCAAUUCCAGCUUUGCCAGUUCAAAGUCGGACUGCAAGCUUAGUUAAUCCUUUUAGCACUGUCGAUAGCAUCCAGCCUGGAGUGAACAAUAGCUCGUUUCAACGUAUGGGACCCAGCCCUUUGAGUUUCAAUCAGCUGAGCACGCAACAACCACUAUCCAGUGGUUUACCGCAGCCUCUAAUUCCACAGCAGCAAGCAAACCCCUUCCUCUCUUAGUCCAAGCAAACUAAACUGGAAAUUAGUCAAGUGUCGUUCCAACACAGUUUCGAAGAAGAUAUUGGACUUUGAAUGGCCUUAUACCAUGUUUUUUCUACGUUAACACCAGCAAGUAUCAAUCAACAGAAAGUUUAUAAUAAGUUUAAUCUCUACUAUCCUAACUAUCAUUAUUUUUAUCGCUAUCACUAUCAAUUUUUUUUUAUUUUUUUUUUAUUUUAUUUUUAUUAUUUUAUACACCUUGAAGAUAUAUGAGGUUAUGUUAAGUAUUGGAAAUAAUUUUAAUUUCAGAGUAAUAUAAACAUGUUGCCUUUAUUAAUAUUUAUUAUUCUUUUUAUGCAUUUCUUUAAGUUUUGAUGUGAUCUUUGUUUUAAUGCUUUAUACGUAGUGCUUGAUGCAAUGCUCUUCAGCCGUACGAACCUCUCAACAUUGCUCACUCAACGGUUAGUCAAUCACUGGUUUUAUCCAUUAUCAAUUUAUCACAGGUAUUAUUUAUGUAUUUUUUAUUUUUAUUUUUUUUAAACAUUUGAUGAAAUUGUUUGUAUCAAUUAAUUCUAAGGAAAGUGAUAAUUGAACGGUGAAAUUUGAUGGAUAGGAGCAUCUAAAGUUUCUCAGAUCCAGGUGAAUUUACAAAUAGUUAGUCAUAUGUUAAGGGGAGCUUACAACAGUUCAAAUUGUUUCAAUUAUUUUCUAAUCAGCAUGUUUUAUAAAUUGAUGUAUAGGCCCUAAUGACAUCAUAGCUUGGACUACACCACUGAGCAUAACCAUCAGUCAAAACUAUUAAUCGAAUACUUGAUUACACGCCCCAGAGUUUUUUUACUACUUUUUCAGUAUUAUUUUUUUGCGUAGGUUUUGCUGGUCAACUGGUCUAUUUCUUUGUUUCCAAAAAAUUUCCACUUUUGUUUUUAAAAAAAGCAAAAAUGCAAGUUGGUAAGCUGAGCUGAGAAAGCUCUCCAUGUGCAAUUAAUUUCAUCAGAUUUUACCACAAAAAAGAGAAAAAAUCGCAUUUAUCACCAAAGCAAAAUAUCAUUGGUGAUAAAUGCUCAGUAUCAGUUUGUCAUUUAUGAUAGAAUGAAAAUAAUUUUAAUCGAUGUUAUUUUAACUCCAAAGAAUGAAAAUCACUGGUGGACAGGUGUGAAAUUCACUGGUAGUUUAGUGUUUUUUAUCUAGGGGUAUAUUUUUGGGGAGUCCUUCAGAAUAAUAUGGAAUUUUUCUCUUUGAAAUGUAUUUUCCUUUGAGAAUAGGCCACUUGGUAUGGUGUACGAUAUUCCAGUUUUAGCCUGUGUGACCCAAUUCCUCUCCUGUACCUAUGUCCAACUUUUAGGAGCUAUCUACAAUUUUUACUUUUUAAAAUUAAAGUUGGUAUGAUUAAUGUGCAAUCAACCCUCCCAUGAGCUAUGCACAUGCUUCUUUUGCAACCAUUUCAAAUCACUGAUGGAUACAAAACACACUAAAAUCAAAGUAAUGCUGAUUUUUUAGACGACAGUGGGGCUCGUGAAAUUAGUUACAUAAUCCAUAAUCGCCAAUGUAUUCUAAUGACCAAUUAAUGCCUUUUUGGCACGUAUGAAAUCUUGUGGUGCCUAAUAAAUCAGAUUUACUUGCAGAAUUAAGCUUCAAACCAUUCCUUACUGCCUAUUUAUCAUUAUCACUAUGUUGAGAAUGAUUAGUUCAUUUUUCGGUCCCCUAAGCAGUUGAAGCUUUCAGGUCCGAGCCAAAGCUGCCGUGACAAGGAAAAAUGUCGUAUGAGAAUUUCAAUGUUGCCAAAGUUCCCUUGAUAAAAUAUUUAUUUGUGAGAAAAGUUAUGUAUAUUUACCGUCAAAUUUUCAGAUCUCUAAGACUAUAUUCUGAAAAAAAAAACUCUCUGAAAAAUUGCAAGGAAAAUAUCACAAGUUUCUCUACAAAUUCUUUUUUAUGGAGGGAAAUUUGGCAACGUCUGAAGACUCAUAAGGCGUUUUCCUUAGCUUGGCAGUAUGCCCCAGUUGCUCCUCAGCUUUAACGUUGAUAAUCAACUAUUAUGUCGUAACACAUGAAUUAUGCCUUUAUAUUUGUAUGUCUCACUCAUAGAUUUUGAUUCUGUUUUUUUUUUCAUGAUAAUCUUUGUUGGGGGUUGUUUCGCCAGUUUUGAACGGUCUAUAAAAAAUAAUCAUCUUGAAAAUAGAUUGAAAAAAGAAGAAGAAAAAAUCAACCAUCACUGUUUUAAUCUUAAAAUCUUGUCAUCAAACCGUUGAAUCGUGGUUUCAUUGUGUUCCAUAACAUAUUCUUUAUAAGGCAUUUCUUUUUUAUUUAUUUAUUUUUUUUUUUUACUUGUUUCCUUCUAUUUUCAUUAAUCGAGUCAAUUCUGCAUUUUUUAAAAUUUAAUCUUUUACAUAAGUCUCUCUUUGAAACUUUUCUCUUUUUCUACUGAAAAGGCUCAGAUUAGAUCGAAGUUUUUUUUUCUUUCCUUUUCUUUUAAAAAAAUGACUUAAAUUAAUUACUUGCUUAAAGAGCACAUCAUGAUUCUAAAGCCAAAAAAAAAUUUUUUUUUAAUGUUAUGUUACACAUAUAUUAUGUGGUGAGCCAAGUCGCUAUUUAUGCAAAACCAAAUGCAUAGUAUUCCUACUCUCUCAAGAUUUAUAACAUUAGGUACGCCCUCUAUCUAUGAGCUUAUUCACAACUGAAGUUGAAAGACUAAUAAAGUAGAAAGACUUCUUUAACACUCCAGUACUAUGUCUAUAAGACUGAGUUCUCAGCGGCUUAGAGAUUUUUUUUUGCUCUCUCUUUGGCAGAGUGGAAACUAUCAAAUUGUGAUACUGGGAAUACUUCCCUGUUUUUUCUCUAAAGCCAACGAAGGUGGAAAGAAAACAGUCACACUACAAGGAAGAUUUUAGCUUCUCAACGGUUAAUAAGAUAUUGAUCUUUUUAAUUUGAAGCGGCGGUUCAAGUGAAUGACUCAAAAAGCCGUCUCUAAACAGACCCAGUUUCCAUCAUUUGGUCACUUCUUAACGGACCCAUGAUUCGCUUUCAAGACAAUUUGUUCACCAAAACAAUAAUUAAGAAUACACCAUUAGAAAACUGAAAAUGUCAUCUAGUGUGGUUGUGUUUCCUGUAGUAUUAAAAUAAUUGAGGAGUCAAAUUUUUGUGCAAUUCCUUCAACGGCAUGGAAAAUAAACUUACUUGCUCCAAUAGAAACCGUUUUUUUGCUCUGAUAGAUUAACUUUAAGUAAAAUCUGCGUUUAGCUACGUAAGCAAGUGGAGCGAAACACUUGUCGAUUCUAUCUUGAGUAUAUUGCUUACUUAGAGGUAUGAUUGCCUUUCCAUCAUGCCACAUUAAUUAAGUUGUCGCAACACUCAUUCUUGCUAAUAAAAAGCUGAAAACCCAAAACUUAAUUCAAGUGGCAUUUGCCUUUCAGCUCGUUAUAUUGAUGAGAGGGCCUAAAAGAUUCAAAUAAUUUUCUUAAAAAAAUAUAAGGUCUCAAAGGAAACGAAGUACCUUUUUAUUUGUUAUUGCUGGAACUCCAUUUUAAAUGUUGUGACGUUUUGAGACGGGUAAAGUUGAGAGUACUCUUCGAGUGAGGAGUAUAGACAAAUUCCGAUAAAGAGUUUAUUAGGUAUGCUCUGUUUUGCAUGAAUAACAUUAUCUUUAAUGUCCAGAAUCAAGUUUUUUGUUAAAUUUUUUAAAAACUUCAAAAUGUAUUAGGUUGCUUCAACUGUUCACCUUUUGCACUCAAGCUUGGCCUUAAUGACCGAACAUUAUAUCUCGGAACUUUUAAUUAGAAACACACUUGAGAACUCUUUGCACUCUGAAUUAUCACGUUUCAUGUUUCAGUAAGCUACCUGAAAUUAUUGUUCUUGAGCAAGUCAGAAAUAGAGAGAGACAUCUUGUUGAUUGUGUACUUGUAGGUACGCAGCACUAAAACAAAAAGUGUGGAACUAGAAGCCUUUCUUUGCCCCAAAAUGAUCUAUCAAUUUUCUCUUAAUGCGUCACAAAAUGACUAUAGUCCUGGAAUUAUUAUCUGUAAUUUUUGCUUUCCUGAUUCCUCGUCAUCUUUGAUGACUUAAAUGCAAGAAACCAAAUUAUUCGCACAGUUAGUCUUCAUAAAUGAACCAACUGGAAAGUAAUCAUAAUCCUUGGUUAACUGGGUGCCAAGUAAACAGAAUUUAUCCAAAUUAGCUGCCAAGAAAGAGUGCAUAAUUGCAUAAAUCUAUGGUACAAAUCCACUCCUUCAAACAGUGCAUAUGUGUAGAUAUUGCUUGCAAACGAAGUGAUCCAAAUAAGAGGAUUUGUGGACAAAAAGAUUUUAGUUUUAGAGAAGAUGCCCAGGGUCAUGAUUAAAUUAUACUUGUAUGUAUCGCUCAAUCUCAUUGUUUUAAAGUUAUGAAGAUGUUGCGGUUCAUAAAUUGAAUUCAAUCGUUUUAGUUCGGUAUUAAAAAAUGGUGUUCAAAAAUUGGCAAAGAAAACAAUGGAUAUUAAAUGAAAAUUAAUGAGCUGACUGAGCAUUUCCUUUUAUGUACUUUCUUUUAGGUUGGUUAAUGGUUCUAAGGUUGACUUGACUCAAUUUCUAUCUUCCAAUAAAACUAAAAUGUUAUUUUUCUCUAAUAUUGUGCCCCGAAACUUGCUUUAACAAUCGGACUGUCAUGAUGUCAUCUCUUAUUUCUGCUUAAAGUUGUGUGCAUAAACUGUGUAUAAUUAUCUAGAAAAUCUUUGACAGCAAGGAAAUUAUAAAGAAUCAUUUUCUGAUCGGAAUGUAAUUAGUUGAGACUCUUUAAAACUCAUCAUUAUGGUCAGAGCGAAAAAGUGCAGCUAUCAAAGUUGAAGGUUAAAUUAUCGCACUAUUUAAGGUAUUUUAUUAAUCCCUCUUCAACCGUGAAAUCACGCAUUUUGAAAUUUAUCAACAAAUUUUUUCUUGUGAUGUGCUGUUUUAGCUCCAAGCUACCUACUUAUUUACAACUAUGAGAGAGAAUUUAGCGAAAAUAGAUAAGCUCUUUGCAGAGACAUGGAAGAUUUCAUUCUUGUACAUUUGUAUCAAUGGUUCAUGUUUUUCUAACUUUAUAAAUGCUUUGAGAAUUUUUAUGUAUUUGUCCAUUAUUUAUAAUAUUACUUACAAAUCAACUGGAAUGUACAUAUUUAGCAAACUGCUAACUGAAUGUAACAUUUUACUGUGCUAAGUAAAUAUAUUUGUUAAGUAUUUCACUUGUGAGACUCAGA